UGAGUUUAUAUUAAGUAUUGAUUAAUUUGUGUGAAUUAUUAGGAAAUUGUACUUAGUUAAUUAUAAGUUAGUGUGUAAAGUAGUUUUGAUGUUAUUUUUUGAAGUUGUGAGAGCCAAGUUGUAAAAAGUAUUGGAACAAACAAUGAAUUCAUCUAGAGGUAAUGUGCAAGAUAAACAUUCCAAACAUGCUGGAAUUGGUGACUUCAAGUUUCAAGUACCUCAAGAAGCUCCUGUAUUUGAACCUACAAAGGAAGAAUUUCAAGAUCCUUUAAAGUACAUUAAUUCUAUUCGUCAUAUUGCAGAAAAUUCUGGCAUCUGCAAGAUAAAACCACCUCCAGACUGGCAACCUCCCUUUGCAGUUGAUGUGGAUAAAUUCAAGUUUACUCCCAGAAUUCAACGCCUUAAUGAAUUAGAAGCAAAAACAAGAAUUAAGCUAAAUUUUCUGGAUCAGAUAGCAAAGUUCUGGGAACUUCAAGGAUCCUCUCUUAAAAUUCCUGUGGUAGAGAAAAAGGCAUUAGAUCUUUACACACUGUUUAAACUGGUACAAGAUGAAGGAGGAGCUGAAACAGUCACAAAGGAAAAGAAAUGGAAUAAAAUAUCUAUCAAGAUGGGAUUUAAUGAUGCGAAAGGACUAGGAAGUUUGCUGAAGCAUCAUUAUGAAAGAAUUUUAUAUCCUUAUGAUGUCUUCUGUAAUGGCAAAGUACUUUCUCAACUAAAGGUAGAAUCAGAUAGUAACGAAACUAAAGACAAAGAUUACAAGCCACAUGGGAUACCAUCUCGGCAAGCUAUCAAGCCGCCUCAAGAAAAAUAUGGUCGAAGAUCAAAACGUUACGAUUCAUCAGAAUUUCCAGAAGAUGAAAUAAUUUAUGAAGAUGGAAGUUCAUCCAAUGAUAACAAAGAGCUCAGGAGACUGCAGUUUUAUGGUGCUGGCCCCAAAAUGGCUGGUUAUCAAACAAAGAAAGAAGAGAAACCAAAAAAUAAAACCAGAGGAAAGAAAGUAAAUUAUGAAUAUGAUCCACUUGCAAAAUACAUAUGUCACAAUUGUGGCCGUGGAGAUGUUGAAGAGUGUAUGUUGCUGUGUGAUGGCUGUGAUGAUAGCUAUCACACUUUCUGUCUUCUGCCUCCAUUGCCAGAUAUACCAAAAGGAGACUGGCGGUGUCCAAAGUGUGUAGCAGAAGAGGUUAGCAAACCCACAGAAGCAUUUGGUUUUGAGCAGGCUCAAAGAGAAUAUACUUUGCAACAGUUUGCUCUGUUGGAAGAGGCUCAAGAAAAGAAGUUUGUUCCCACCGAAUUAUUGGAUUCAGUCCAGAAAAUUGUUGCAGAAUCAGAGCGUUAUGCAAAAGUUGCCCAAGGAUUGUGCUUCAAUAAAGUGCGCACAAGAAACAGACAAGUAAUGCAAUCAAAACCAAAAAUUACAAUUGAAGAAAUUCGUACUUAUGUAAGUAAGAUGGAAAGUUUGCCUGUUAACAUGAAGGAAACUACUGCAAUGAAAGAUCUACUGAAAAGAGUGGAAACUUUCAAAGAAAAGAGUGAAGAACUUUUGAAGUCUGAGUUUCCUGAAUCAAAAGAACUAUCUUCAUGUUUAGAAUUAGGUUAUGCUCUUGAUAUUGACUUACCUGAAGUUCCAAGACUUAAACAGUAUUACGAGCAAAUGCAAUGGCUUGAGAAUGUUCAGUUUCAGCGUUCCGAACCAGAUAAACUAACUACCGAGAUGCUGCGUCAACUCUUGGCCUCUGGUAUUGAAUUAGCUCCUCAUCCUGCUGUGGAAAAGGCAAUGGGUGAGUUGCAAAUUCUACUGACGCAAGUAGAACGUUGGGAAGAAAAAGCUCGCCAAAACCUUCAAGCUCAUUCUCUUCUCCCUAUUGAAAAUAUUGAAAACAUAUUGCUGGAAGCUGACAACAUUUCUGCUCAUUUGCCCAGUGUAAUACCUUUGAAAGAUGCUUUGAAGAAGGGAAAGGAGUGGAUUAAGAGAGUGGAAGACAUCCAGAAUGCAACUAAUUUCCCUUAUGUUGACACAUUGGAAGACCUAGUGAGUCGGGGACGAUCCAUUUCAGUUCUUUUGGAUUCAUUGCCACAACUGGAACAGCAACUUCAUGGUGCUCAGAUGUGGAAAGAACGAACAGCACGUACAUUCCUCAGAAAAAAUUCUCACUACACUCUAAUGGAUGCUUUGUCUCCCCGCGUAGCUGUUGGACUAGAAGCAUUGAAACUCAAGAAACGCCGGUAUCGUGAAGAAACUGAGCUGUCUCGAGUUUCACACACUGUUGCUGGAGUAAAGUUGGAAGGUGAUGUGGAUCCAGCGGUUGUAGUUGCUGCAUUCAAGAAGGCUGAGGAACAUGAGAUGGCGCGGAUGCUGAAAUUUCGACAAGAGAAUAUGCGUAAGCGAGAAGCUGAUUGUGGUGAUGCACAUUAUUGCAUCUGUCGCCGUCCUAUUGCUGGUGUAAUGUUUCAGUGUGAAUUGUGCAAAGACUUGUUUCAUUCAAUGUGUGUACCUAUACCCAAAACUUCAAACAGUAAAUCAAAAGUUGGGAGUGGUGCUGGGACAUCUCUGUCAUAUCUUGGAAUGAGUGCUGGUUCUCUACGAGAAGUAAAGUUUCUUUGCCCAAGUUGCUUGCGAUCCAGGAGACCCCGCUUGGAAACAAUUUUAGCUCUUUUGGUGGCCCUUCAGAAAAUCCCAGUUCGAAUACCUGAAGGAGAAGCUCUUCAGUGUCUUACUGAAAGAGCUAUGAAUUGGCAGGAUCGUGCAAGACAAGCACUAGCUACAGAGGAAUUAGCAUCAGCUUUAGCUAAGCUCUCUGUAUUAUCUCAACAACUUGUUGAGGCUGCCGCUCGUGUUAAGACUGAGAAAAUUAUUUCAAGUGAACUGAAUAAAGCUGCAGCGGCUGGAAAUAAAAUUCCAGAGAUGCAGCGUCUUGACAAAAAUCAUUCCUCAAUGUCUGUAUCAUCAGAAAGAGGGAAAAUUGCUGACGUGGAUUCCCCUAGCAGUCAAGAUAAAAACAGAAACAGACGUACUCUUGAUGAUGAUGAAAACAGUGGUGGAAGUGGUGAAGAUCACAAGAACACUGAAGAAGAAAGAGAAAGAAGAAUUUCUCAAACUAGUCCAAAUAUCAGAGAUGAUGAAGAAGACACAAGCUUUGAAGACAAUGCCAGUUCUUACAGCACAUCUGAACAUGCUUACUCAACUGCAUCACGGACUGGGCUGGCUGGAGGUAAGAAGCAUGUGCGGAAAACACCACUUGUUCCCCGUCAGUUGGAAGUACCUGUACUUGCUCUUAGUGAGACAGCUUGCCAGCAGUUGGAAGAAUUAAUGAUGGAAGGUGAUUUGCUUGAAGUGUCUCUUGAUGAAACUCAUCAUAUAUGGCGCAUACUCCAGGCAACCAGGCCUCAUCAAGACGACAGGUAUCCUGACUUUGAGGAUUUGGAUAAUGAACUACAAGUAGAGAAGUUGAGGAAGGAAGGAAGAGAACGUCGAAAAGGGAAAAAGAAAUUUUCUGAAGAACCUGAUUCACAGAGUGGUUCAAAGAAAAUCAAAAUCCUUGUUUUUAAGGAUGAAGAUAAAACGGGAAAACGGCGUGAAGGAAAAAAAAAAUUUUGUCGAGAAAUGGGUGAUCCUACAAAACGGAUGCCACGUAAAGGGAAACACAAUGCCUCCGAGUCAGAAAAGAAAUCUGAUAAUCCAACACAUUCAAAACCAGAAAGUUCUGAUGAAGAUGAAGACUGUGCUGCUCCAACAUGUUUACGACCCACCGGCCAUGAAGUAGAUUGGGUGCAGUGUGAUGGGGGGUGUGAUAUGUGGUUCCAUUUGCAUUGUGUAGGACUUGAUAAGAAGGACCUGAGGGAAGAUGAAGAUUAUAUAUGUAAACAAUGCUCUAAUCCCUUAGGUGAAUCUGAACCCACUCAAGAAGUUGAUCUCUCACGAGUGAAAGUUGAACAUGGUAAUGGAGAUGAUAAAUAACAGAAGAAUAUAAAAAUGGCAAACUUUUAUGAAGAUCUCGCUGGUGAAGCAGGAAGUGAUAUUGAAUCUGAUAUAUCAGAUGUCAAUCCAGCAGAAAUGGCAAAGAUGUUGCAGGGCCUUGAUGACAUGGAUGAUGCUCUUUUUAAAUCCAAGAAACAGAAUGAAUCUAUAACAUCUCCAAGAAAAUCAUCCAGAAAGGCAUCAUCGGCCCAAGAUCUUUCUUUGAAGUCAGAUAAACAACAUGUCACAUUUGGUGAAAAUACAACAAAUAUUAUUAAAAAGAAAGGACAGGCAAGAAAAAAUCAAGAUGAGGAUUUUGAUUGGGAUGAUCCUUUGGGAGACAUUCUAUCGAGUGAUGAAUCUGGUGGGAAAAUAAAAUCAUCUGUAAAUCCACAAAUGACUCAAAAGAAAGGUAGACAAGCAAUGCCUAGUAAUAAGCCAAUUGAUGGUAAAAGUUCAAUAUUAAAAGAUAAAUCAGUUAAAGAUUUAUUUGGCUUAGAAGAUCCCAAAGAAAUAAAUGAAAAACAAGAAAAAGAUUUAAGCAAACUUGUCUCUGAGCCAAAAUCAUUGGAAUCAUACUUAGAUAUGAAAUCUCCAAAGAAAGCAGAAACAACUUCAUUGAACGAUGAAUUAAAUACUUCUAAAGUAUUUUCAGUUUCUGAUACUGCUAUGACUAAGAAAAAACCUUCUUCAAAAGCAUCUGCAUUUCAGAAGAAAGCUGAUGAAACUGAAAGUGAUGAUCUGUUAAUGGGUUUAGGUUUAGAUACAGAUAAGAAAACAGCCAGUAAAUUAUUUAGUGGUAGAUCUAAUGUAGCAAAAUCAAGGUCAAUUAUGGAUGACAUAUUUACAAGUCCAGAAAAAAAUAUUGGCACAAGUGAUUCAAAGAAAACAAACAAACAGGAAUCAGCCAAUGAAGGUACAGUUGCCUUUGGCAAAUAUGCUCCAUCUGUAUCAAAUACACGAGAAUCACGUCGUGCUACCUCUAGACGAGAAACCUCAAUUGGAGAUCCAUUGGGCUUGUUUUCACCCCCAGCUACUCCUAGAAGAAGCCAAACAGUGGAAUCGGACCAUAAAGCAGUAUCCAAUUUGCAAACAUCUACACCUAUGAAGAAAUCUGAAUACAAUGAUGACAAAUCUGAUUGGUUAGGACUAUCUACAAGUAAGGAAGCAAAAACACACUCAAUAUCUCCUGAGCGUAAAAGAAUCGCUGAAAGAAAACCUCCCAAAUCAGCACAAAUUGAUCCUGGUGUGCAGCAUCAGCCUUCUGCUUCUGAUAACCUUCCAGAGUGGUUAGGAGGAUCUGGAGGGCAUAAACAGAAAGAAGGAACUUCAAGAAAUGCAGAGCAUGUAACAUCUGCCAACACUCCACAAAUUUUACAAAGUGUUCAGCCCAAAAUCGUCUCUGGGGUAGAAACAGGUCCUUUGCCAAAUGCACAAGUCUUAACACUGCAUACCCAAAGCCAGAUGGAGCAAGAAGCAGCAUAUGCACUACAGUUGCAAGAACAACAAUUGCGUACUGCUCUUCAGUUGAGGCAGCAUGAGGUGCAACUAGCAAAUGUUCAUGAAAGGCAGCGUACCUUGCUACAUCGUCAAGAACAACAGAUGCAGCAGUUGCUAACUCAACAGGUACAAAGGCAGAAGCAACUGGAACUACAGCUACAAGAACAGCAGCAGCGAAUAGCAGAUUACAUGCAGGCACUUAUGAAUCAGCCCCCAACAACUAUCGUAUCCACUCUUUCUCCUGAACUAGAACUUCCAAUCACAAGCAGUACAACAUCUACACGAACAAAAGAGAAAACAUCAACAAAAGAAGAGAAUAAUGAAAAUACUACAAAUCAAAAUGAUGAACCAGAAUUAACUGAUAGGGAAAUCCAAGUGCAGCUGAUGGAAUUGCAAAUUGCCCUACAACAGUGUACAUUGGAAAAAAAAGCUCUUGAAUCAACAUUAGAAAAUGUACAAGCUAAACAUAAAGAAGAGUUGCAUUUAAUGGAAAAUUCCUACAAGAGACAAAUUUCAAUUCUGGAAGAAGCAAUGGAGAAACAUAACGCAAGACUAAAAGAGGAGAAUGAAAGAAUUGAAACAGAAUACAAAGAGCGUUUAACUAAAAUGCAGGAACAACAAACUAAUAUCAUUGAAAAACAUGCACUGCAGUUGGCUGCCUUACAGAAAGAACAUAUAAAUGAUAUGCAAGCCUUGAAAGAUCAGCAUAGUGCUUUACUAGAACAUGUACAAUGUACACAACAAAAAGAGACAAGUGCAGUGAGAGAGGCUUCUCAUAAUAUGACAAUUCUCCAAAGUACAAUUGAGCAAUUGGGUCGCAACACAGACAGUCUAAGUGAAAUGCAUGGGUGGCUUGAGAAACAGAGCAGUGCACACAUGGAACUUAGAGAUUUGGCCCUUAAGACAAAAGAAGCAGAAGUACAAGCUUACAAAGAAAAUUUAACUCGUCAGCGAGAAGCAGCAGAAGAGGAUCGAAGAAAAUUACUUUGUCUAGUUGAACAACUUGAGUUGCAAAUUGCACAGCAACGAUCAAAGAGUGAAGAAGAUAGGUAUGCAUUGCGUCAAGAAACAGUUAGACUAGAUGCUCGUAUAGAGGCAUUUGAAAGGGAGAAAGAACGAGUUAAAGCAGAAAUAGAGAAAGAACGUCAGCAUGUUGAGAAAGCAAGACUAGUGCUUCUCGAAGAGCAAAAGACUGUAAGCUUGCAGCUUAAAGAAGAAAAGCUCAGUCUUGCCAAGGAAAGGGCUCGAAUUCAAGCACUAACUCAAUUGCAAGGAUCUGCCGCUGCUUCAGAAGAGGAGGUCAUGCAGCUGAAAGCAGAAGCAGAAGCUGCUCUAACUGUGGCUAAAGAAGCAACUGAACAAGUAGAGACCCAGAAGCAAGUCAUCCAAGAACAGCAGAGACAGAUUGAAAAAGAACGUCGCAGACUACAAGAACUAGAACACACAUUAACGACACGAGCUCGUGAACUAGAAGCACUCACUAAGACUGCUUUAGCAACACGUAAUGAAGGAGCUGAAGCAUUGGCCAGUGCUGUCGAGGCUGAAGAGAGGCAAAAGCAACGAGCUGUGGAUUUGCAGAGACAAUUAACAGAAGUGAAAGAUAGAGAGAAGAGAGUGGCUGAGGAAAGAAUGUUACUAUCUCAGGAGCGACUGAAAAUUCAUAGAAAACAUGAACAGAAGAUGUGUCCAUCUUGCAAAUGUUCUUUAACGAAACCUCUCAUAUCCACAGAACAGUCUCAAAUGACAUCUGCAGAUUCAAAUAAGUACAUUGAUCCAAGGAAAGUAAUUUUGAAGCUAGUUGCCGAAAAAGAAAGAGAUGCCUUGCUUAGCAAUUCUCUAAAUGUGUCUGGACCAAAAUGAUUACUCCUGUUUUUUAAAUAUCACACUUGCACUGAAAUUAAUACAUUAUUUUGCACCAAUCCACCACCAAGAAGUCUGAUUUAAAAAAAUAAAUGUGUUAAAAUAGGGAUUUUGAUUUUCUAUAAAAAGUAUUAUUUUGUACUUGAUAUUCGUCUUCAGUAAAACAUUUUUUAAAUAAAA